AUUGAUCGGUAUAUUGGCCGACUGCUGAGCCUCCGGGUCAGUGGACCAGACCUUCAUGCGGACCUACUAAGGAAUCUCCUCCCUGCCUUUUCUUUCCCCCGGACAGCCAUCGAUUGUCUCACGUCUCCAACUUUGGGACAGUGAAAGACCCAUACAUCACAAUAUCCGCAUAAGGAUGGCCAAAUCCGCCAGGCGUGGCCCCAAGGGUAAGGCCUCAGUUACGGCCUCCGCAACCUCCUCGGGAACCUCCACUCCCAGCUCGCAGAAUGGCCCCAUCCCUCCGUUUGUUCGAGCGCCGGAAUCUCUGGAACCGCUCCUCAAGUCGCUUUCUCCGCGCGAAGUCUACCUUAUUCACGUCGAUACCUGCCCAGUGGACAUUAAGAAACAAAUCUUCAUCGUGCCUUGUGCAAUCAAUGCUAUCGUCGUCGUUCUCCUCGCUCUCCGAAUCUACAUGGUCCGCAACAUGUAUCCCGCCAUGAUAGCAGCACUGAUCGGGAUGAACAACUCGAUGACGGUGGACACAUCGACAAUGGAUUGGACCGAAGUUUUCCGCUUCCUCUUCGGUGCGGUAAGGUGGCGCCGCAACAUCGGCUUCCGGCCACACGAGAUCAUUGUCCGGCGGAGCCAGCCUGACAUGACUCAGGGCCUCAAACGUGAUCGAUGGAUCCGCGAAGACAAGGAAACACGGGAUAGGAUCGUUGCGGCGGUUACGCCGGAGCGUAUCAGAAAGACGGGAUAUUUGCUUAUAGAUCAAGAUUUCGACCUCGAUUACGACGCCAUGAUUAAGGCUCACGAGAUGGUCGACAAUCGUGAAUCGGAUGACAAGGUCUCAUUGGACGAAUUCCGCACGGCAGUGUUGGUGAAUACAGAUGCCCAUGGCUGGCUGAUCUGGCAUGUAGGAGAUCAGAAUGAAAAGUUUAGCCCCGAUACUAGCGAUAUCCCAGCCGACCCGGCCCGAUCCGCCCAAAGAGAUCAGAUCUUGGUGUUCAAGGAAAAACUGACGGCCAUGGGCAAGGAGGACCUUUUCUACCGAUGGGUUGAGUUAGUCCAGUACGAGAGUACCCAGCCAGGCGGGUUCACGCCGGAAAGGCAACAGUCCGCCAUGCUUCAGGUCAAGCAUCUCUUCGAAGAAAACGACGUCGAUUUCUCCAAGUUCUGGGAGGAUGUGGGUGGGCUGGAGGAGUUCACCGAGCAGCUUGAUUAGACACUGCAUCUCUCCUUCAUGAAGGCAUUUUUCUUCGCUUCGAUCUCUGUCUAUCCAACCUAUUGCAGAGAACCUUGAGGAUGCCAGGCGUUCAAAGUCGCUCGAAGCGUCCGUCGACUCACCUCUUCGGAUUCGCUUCCUCCGCUGGUGAGACAAGCCGAAUGUUGGGUGCCAGCCUGCUUAUACGCCUAUAAUGCUCCGGCAGACGCCAACAAGAUUGCCAGCUAGAACGCCGGCGAGGACGACAC